CAUCCAAAGAUCAACUGAACCUAGAACAUAGAUACAGAGACACUUGUCAUCAGGAAGGUUCUCUCUCAGCACAACGGAAAAUAUCUCAAUGACUUGACAUGUUCUGGUUGUGAAUUCAGGCUACAAGGGGUCAGUGCUCUAAAAUGAGUCUCUCUGGGGAGAGAAAGGAGGGGGGGCCUGCCUCUAAAAGGAGUCUCUCUGGAGAACAUGACACCAAAGCUAAGAGUCCAAUCCAGCAGGAGAGACCAGCCUCCCCUGUUCCCAGCUGUGUGUCCAUGAAGAGUGACCGGUCUAUGGAACUACCUAUGACGUUUAGAGAGGGAGACUUUUCUACUAAACAAAGAAACCAACAGGAGAGAUCAGAGUCAGAGAUUCUCAGUGGUCAGUCUUCCCAGAGUCAUCAAACAGACCUGGCCUCCAUAUUCAGUUUGCUUGAAGAGAAAAUUAUGACAUUUGUGAAGAACGAGCUGAAGAUGUUAAAGAGGAUUCUUAGUCCAGAACCCCCAGAAGGCUUUGAGAGUCAGAAGCAGGAUAAGGAAGUGGUGGACCCUGAAGAUGAGCAGCAGGAGAGCAGUGCCAGAGAGGGGGCUCUGAAGAUCACACUGCACAUCCUGAGGAAAAUGAACCAGAAGGAGCUUGCUGACACACUGGAGAAAUAUUCAGAUGAGCUUGCUGUGAUUUGCCAACGUGAACUCAAAUCUAAUCUAAAGAAGAAGUUUCAAUGUGUAUUUGAGGGGAUCGCUAAACAAGGAAACCCAACACUUCUCAAUAAGAUCUACACAGAGCUCUACAUCACAGAGGGUGGAACAGGAGAGGUCAAUAAUGAACAUGAACUGAGACAGAUUGAGACAACAACCAGGAAACAAGCAAGACCAGAGACUGCAAUCAAAUGUAACGACAUCUUCAAACCCUUAACUGGACAAGACAAACCUAUCAGAACUGUGCUGACAAAGGGAGUCGCUGGCAUUGGAAAAACAGUCUCUGUGCAGAAGUUCAUUCUGGACUGGGCUGAAGGAAAAGCAAAUCAGGAUGGCCAAUUUGUAUUUUCAUUCCCUUUCCGGGAGCUGAAUUUGAUGAAAGAGGACAAACACACUUUCAUUGAACUUCUUAAUCACGUCUCAAUGGAAACCAAACAAUCAGGAAUCUCCAACUACGACAAGUACAAAGUUCUGUUCAUCUUUGAUGGUCUGGAUGAGUGCCAACUGCCCCUAGACUUCCAGAAGAACAAGAUCUGUUGGGACGUCACAGAGUCAACCUCAGUGGAUGUUCUGCUGACAAAUCUCAUCAAGGGAAAUCUGCUUCCCUCUGCUCUCCUCUGGAUAACUACCCGACCUGCAGCAGCCAAUAAGAUCCCUUCAGGGUGUGUUGACCAGGUGACAGAGGUACGAGGGUUCAAUGACCUGCAGAAGGAGGAGUACUUCAGGAAGAGAUUCAGUGAUGAGGACCUGGCCAACAGAAUCAUCUCACACAUAAAGACAUCAAGGAGUCUCCACAUCAUGUGCCACAUUCCAGUCUUCUGUUGGAUUUCUGCAACAGUCCUUGAACACAUGCUGGAACAUAAGAGAGAAGAGAUGCCCAAGACUCUGACUGAGAUGUACACACACCUUGUGGAGUUUCAUACCAAACAGAAGAAUGAAAAGUAUCAUGGGAAAGAAGAGACAGGUCUACACUGGAAUAAAGAGAGCAUUCUGUCACUGGGAAAACUGGCUUUUCAACAGCUUGUGAAGGGCAAUCUGAUUUUCUAUGAAGAAGACCUGAAAGAGGCUGGCAUUGAUGUUAAUGAAGCCUCAAUCUACUCAGGAUUGUGCACACAGCUCUUUAAAGAGGAAUGUGGGCUGUACCAGGACAAGGUGUACUGCUUUGUUCAUCUGAGCAUUCAGGAGUUUCUGGCUGCUGUAUAUGUGAUCCUCUCAUUCAUCAACAACAAUGAGAAUCUAAUGGACAAACUGCAAACAAAAGACGAGCCUGAAGUUGCUUUCUACAAGAGUGCUGUGGAUAAAGCCUUACAAAGUGAGACAGGAAACCUGGACCUUUUCCUCCGCUUCCUUCUGGGCCUCUCACUGGAGUCCAAUCAGAAACACUUACGAGGUCUACUGACAAAGACAAGAAGCAGCUCACAGAGCCAUGAAGAAACAGUCAAGUACAUCAAGGAGAAGAUCGGGGAGGAUCUCUCUCCAGAGAGGAGCAUCAAUCUGUUCCACUGUCUGAAUGAACUGAAUGACCAUUCUCUAGUGGAGGAGAUCCAAAGAUACCUGAGCUCAGGAAGUCUCUCAAAACCCAACCUGUCACCUGCACAGUGGUCAGCUCUGGUCUUUGUGUUGCUGACUUCAGAAAAGGAGCUGGAUGUGUUUGACCUGAAGAAAUACUCCAGAUCAGAGGAAGGUCUUCUGAGGCUGCUGCCAGUGGUCAAAGUCUCCAGAGCUGUUCUGCUGUCAGGCUGUGGAGUCACAGAGGAAGGCUGUGCUUCUCUGGUCUCAGCUCUGGAGUCAAACCCCUCACACCUGAGAGAGCUGGACCUGCGUAACAAUGACCUGAAGGAUUCAGGAGUGAAGCUGCUCUCUGCUGGACUGGGGAAUCCCCACUGUAAACUGGAGACUCUGAGGCUGUCAGGCUGUCUAGUCACAGAGGAAGGCUGUGCUUCUCUGGUCUCAGCUCUGGAGUCAAACCCCUCACACCUGAGAGAGCUGGAUCUGAGUAACAAUGACCUGAAGGAUUCAGGAGUGAAGCUGCUCUCUGCUGGACUGGGGAAUCCCCACUGUAAACUGGAGACUCUGAGGCUGUCAGGCUGUCUAGUCACAGAGGAAGGCUGUGCGUCUCUGGUCUCAGCUCUGAAGUCAAACCCCUCACACCUCAGAGAGCUGGACCUGAGCUACAAUCACCCGGGAGACUCAGGGGUCAGACUGCUCUCUGCUGGACUGGAGGAUCCACACUGCAGACUGGAGAAACUCAAUGUGGAACAUGGUGGAGAGAACAGAAUGAAACCUGGGCUUAGAAAAUAUGUCUGUGAUCUCACACUGGACCCAAACACAGUAAACAGACUCCUCUCUCUGUCUGAGGAGAACAGAAAGGUGACACGGAGGAGAGAGGAGCAGCCGUAUCCUGAUCACCCAGAGAGAUUUGAGGUCUGGAAACAGGUGCUGUGUAGAGAGGGUCUGACUGGGCGCUGUUACUGGGAGGUAGAGUGGACUGGGAUAAUGGGGGCUGGUAUAGGAGUGGCAUAUAAAGGAAUCAGCAGGGGAGGAGGGGAUAAUGACUGUUGUCUUGGAUACAAUGACAAGUCCUGGAGUCUGCUCUGCUAUGACAACCGUUACUCUGCCAGGCACAAUGAUAAUUACACUACCAUAGAUGUCCACCCCUCCAGCUCCCACAGAGUAGGAGUGUAUCUGGACUGGCCAGCCGGCACUCUGUCCUUCUAUAGAGCCUCCUCUGACACACUGACCCACAUGAUCACAUUCACCUCCACAUUCACUGAGCCCCUCUAUCCAGGGUUUAGGCUUUGUUAUGACUCCUCAGUGUCCCUCUGUCAGUGAUACACACACACACACACACACACACACACACACACACACACACACACACACACACACACACACACACACACACACACACACACACACACACACACACACACACACA